UUGUGGAUAGUCAGUUGAUGAACUGAGAUCUCUUAAGGGAAAAUCCUCCUGUCCUGGCACCAGCAGCAGGUCCUGGCUACAAGAAGGUAACAAAGGUGCUGGAGCUCAUUGUCUUCUCCUGGACUCUGGGCAGACUGCCAUUUGUAAGGAUAAGAUACAAGCACCCUGGAUGCAGCAGAGGCACCAUUCAUGAGUUCCAGGCACUGUCACUAGACUACCUAGCAACAUAAUUCUUCCUUGCAUCUUGCUACUCAUAGCCGUGGAUGCUUCAUGGCUUCUACCUACAGCCUCCAAGGAAACUGGACUCCUCUAGCCACACUGGCCUUACUAUGGACUUCUUUGGCUUGGGUUGAGGGAAAGCCAGGGUGUCCUUCCUGCAGGAUGCCCCCACUGGAGCCCAGUGCUGAGAAAGCCUUCCUGGUCGAAGUAGCCAAGCAGCAGAUACUCCAGAAACUGAACCUGAGCGAGAGGCCCAACAUCACCCACCCUGUGCCACGUGUGGCGGUGGCCAAUGCCCUGCGGCGACUACAUAUGGGCAAAGCCUGGACAGAUGGGCUGGGGCACGUCUCCAGCUGGGAAAAAACAGAGUCUGAUGAGCAGGGGUACGAGAUCAUUAGUUUUGCAGAGACAGAGCCUUCUGGCCUCCUUCAGUUCCAGCUCACCCAUACAAAAGGCCAAGCCAUGCACAUCCUGAAGGCUCAGUUGUGGCUGCACCUCAAGGCACACCAAAACAUCACAAUUCAGAUCUACGUGGCGGGACAGCCACCAGUGGUCCUGGGACAGCAGCAGCUGGGAAGUCAAGGGAGUGGUUGGCAUACCUUCUCCCUGAUGCCAGCUUUGCAGAGCUUCUUUGAGCAUGAAGACAAAACCUUACGCUUGGAGUUGCAGUGUGAAGGCUGCCAUUCUAACAUUGCAUCGUUGAUGACUACCAGUAGCAACUCUCAUCAACCAUUCUUGGUGGUGAAGGCAAAGAUAAAAGAAUCUGGCCAUCGGGUCACCAAACGCAGCCUGAGCUGUGACCAGAACUCAGAUUUGUGCUGUCGAAAAGACUACUAUGUAAAUUUUCGGGACAUUGGUUGGAAUGACUGGAUCUUCCAGCCAGAGGGUUAUCAGAUAAAUUAUUGCAUGGGUGAAUGCCCCAUGCACCUGGCUGGUGUACCUGGUGUGGCAGCUUCCUUCCACACUACUGUCUUCAAUUUGGUCAAAGCCAACAACAUCCCAAUCUCAGGCCAUUCUUGCUGCGUCCCCACACAGCGACGGGCCCUUUCUCUGCUGUACUUUGACCCCAAUAGCAACCUCAUCAAGACAGACAUUCCUGACAUGGUUGUUGAUGCUUGUGGUUGCAGCUAAACAUGGGGUGGUAAGCAGAGGGAAAGCUGAAAAGCACAGAGAAUAGGAAAUGGGGUUACUUUCUUUCCACUGGACUCCCAUGAACGUCAAAGAGCUCUGAGCCAAGUUGAGGGGGUGGUAUUACCAUAUGGACUCUUUUCAAAAGAGCAACAGUGUACAAGCUACAGUACGGUGUAAACCAGCCUGUUUUCUUACCAUUGUAUAUUGUAUAACAUAGGGCUGGCCAGGGCUGCCAACAGUCGUCUGACCUUCAGGACACUGUAUUUGUCUUCCUUUCUGAGGUUGCUACUUGAUAGACCCUCCAAGUUCUUCCCCUAAGCUCUCCCCACCCCACUCCCAGUAGCUUCGUUCAUCUCUCUUUCCCCCUGUUCUGUGGGGAGAACGUCAGGAAAAAAAUGCCUCUGGAAUGUAUAGGAGUCUGCAUACAUGGUAUACAUAGGAUUGCCUUUGAUGCACUCAGCAUUUCAGGGUAGGGUUGGAGCAGAGGAGGCCCAGACAAGAGCUUCAAUCACACACAUCUUUUCAAAUAUAACUACUUGCCCCUAAAGGCAAAUCUCAUGGUGCAUUUAAAAGUUCUCAUUGUUGCUCUUCUCAUCUUCAUGGUGUUCUUCUCCAUCCAAGGCUCCAGAUGGACUGGGCAAAGUUUACUGGGAAAAUCCUUCACUGGAUGGGCAGAAAAAGAGAGAGACCAAGAAGAACUGUUCAUAUCCACACCCAAAGGACUCUGAAUAUGUUUUGCCUUUUGUAUUGUCUGUGAGAUUUAUUGCGUUUCUGUUAAUGUAUCUAUGUUAUUUUAUUUUUGGAAUGACAUUAGCAACAAAACAAGUUUCAAAUAAAAAUACAA